CUGAAAUUUACUCAUUCAUCAAGCAAACAUUUCUAUGUGUUAUUUUUGCUGUUAUUUUUCUCAGAUUGUUGGCACCACCAGAAGCUGAUUUCAUCCAAAGAGAUGGCUGAAAGUGAUGGAAAAGAAAAAAUAAAAUGGACAACCACCAUUAUUAUUAGCUCAUCUCUUAAGAGUUAUGAAGUUGCAGCUGCCCUAGAAAACCGAAGCCACAAGGUUCGGUAUUCAGAUUCAGUAGAAAAUGGAUCAAUUAUAUUUUCUCUUUCUGGAGUUGCAUUUUUAUUGAUGGAUGCUAGAGAAUGCUUUAUGUCUGCUGAAGAAAUAUUUCUAGCCAAAAUUGAGAAGUUUAUUAACAUUCACCAAAAUAGUUUUUUGGUUCUGUCUGCUGCCCUGCAUGGACCUGAAGAAUGGAAACUGAUGUUCAGGAUUCAGCAGAGAUUCCUGGGUAGUAACUUACGGAUACUUCCAGUACACAACACAGUAAAUGCUGUUAAUCUUAUGUGCACCAUAGCUAAGAUCACCUCCAAAUCAUACAUAGAUAGCAUCUGCUACAGAAUGGCAACAACUAAAGCUUACAUCAUUGAGCAAAGUCCUGUGUGGAAAACACUUCAAAAGAUAAAACUGAGUGGUGAUACAUUUAACCCAAAUUAGAUUAUCAACUAUAAAUG